AUGGAAACCAGGAAAUCAAUAAGGAGAAGAAAGCCUCUUCUCAAGGAGGAGGCAGCCGUGGAAACCUGCAGGGCUUCAAAGAGAAAAAAGCUUCUUCUCAAAGAGGCGGUGGAAGAUAAGGAGGACAGGUUAAGCAAUCUCCCAGAUGGCAUUCUGCACCACAUCCUCUCCUUGUUGCCCGUUAAAUCCAUAGCAAAAACCAGCGUUUUAUCGACAAGGUGGAAUUAUCUCUGGGCUACGGUCCCUUGUUUAGACUUCUCCGAGUUUAGUAUGAAGGAAAAAAGGCGUGAGAGAAAAAGAGAGGCCAUGGAGUUGAUAAUAAAAACAGUAUUGGCUGCUCGCCAUGCAAACUUCAAUAUAAAGGUUUUUCGGUUUAAGGGACAACUGGGUGUCACUUGUUUGGGUGAUUGGAUUCAACAAUUGGUACGACAUAGCGUUGAGGAACUUGAGCUGGACGUCGUGUUUGGCGGUCGAUUUAAUUUGCCUCCUUGUCUUUUCGAUUGCGAUUCACUAAAAAGUCUAACACUGAAAACCCAUCAUCUCAAUUCAUGGUUUCAAUUUUGCUCCUAUGAUUUUACAAGAACCGGUCGUGGCCUUCGAUCACUGCAGACAUUGAUACUGAAACACGUGCGUUUUAUUUACAAUACUUCGGCUGCGUUAUUUUCGGCUUCUUCAUUCCCUGCUCUAAAGAGAUUGACUCUAAACAAUUGUAUAGAAAUUAAUCGUCUCAAUAUUGGUUGCCCGGAGCUUGAAGGUUUACAAGUUGAACGUACGAAGAUGAAUGUCCUGGAAAUCUCUGCAGGUGAAAAACUAAAGAAUUUGCGAGUGAUAUCUUCCUUCCGCGCUUCCAAGAAUGAAAGUUGGGUCAAGAUUUUUGCGCCGAAGCUGGAGACUUUUUGCUGGGAAAAUAAUGAGUUUCCUGAGGAAUAUUCAGUGCAAAGCUUCACUUUCCUGAAAAAGUGUAGCAUUUGUAUAACUUCUUCUUGUGGUUAUCGUUCCAACAUUAAUGCGGCAAAGAUUAAUCAUGCAAUCAGCUUUCUAUCCAGUCUCGUCUCUACUCAAAAACUUUAUAUUAACAUUACAAAUUUAUGUGCGGCAAAGUACUGCUAA